AUGAGGCUCGAGUUUCUCUAUCUUCAUUUGAACCAGUUGUCAGGCCAGAUCCCUCCUCAGAUGAUGCUACGCAGGCGUAACCUUACACAGAUUAAUCUGUACGGGAACGGCUUGAGUGGACAAAUACCUCCGUAUUUGUUCAACAACACGGCUAUGUUGACGUUCAUUAAUUUUGGAAACAAUAGUCUCUCAGGUCCUAUACCACACGCCGUUACAUCACUAUCCAUGCUUGAAUUAUUAAGACUGGAUUUUAAUCAACUCUCUGGCCUAGUGCCACAAGCCAUGUUCAACAUGUCUAGAUUACAGGAAAUUCCACUAGUAAAUAAUCGUAACCUGACUAGAACUUUUCCGAGCAAUCAAAGUUUCAGCCUCCCUAUGUUACAGUUUAUUUCCAUAUAUGGUAACAAAUUUGCCGGUCGGUUACCAUCAGGGUUUGCAUCAUGUCAAUACCUACAAGUAAUUGAUUUGCACGAAAAUUCUUUUGUGGAUGUUCUGCCAACAUGGUUGGCCAAAUUGACAAACCUCAAAAAACUUAACUUGGGUUUUAAUCACCUUAUUGGCUCGAUCCCGGCGGCCUUUGGUAAUCUUACAAAACUCACUCAACUACAACUCGCAAACGGCAGUCUAACAGGUGAGAUUCCACCAGAAUUAGGUCUUAUGCAGGAACUCUCUUAUCUAGAUCUUCAAUACAACCAAUUGAUUGGUAAAUUUCCAGCUUCGCUCGGUAACUUAUCCAAAUUGUCCUACCUAAAUUUCCAAGUGAAUCAGUUGUCCGGUCAAGUACCAUCAAUGCUUGGAACAAAUACAGUUUUGAAUAUUCUUGCUUUGGGAGACAACAAUUUAGAGGGGAAUCUAGAUUUCUUGUCAGCUCUUUCCAAGUGCAGACAACUCCAAUUCCUUGAUUUUGAAAAAAAUCGUUUUACAGGCACCAUCCCUGGUUAUGUGGGAAAAUUCUCAACACGUUUAAACUAUUUUGGUGCAGGUGCCAACCAGUUGACAGGUGGACUUCCAGUAGCAAUUUCAAAUAUAAGCAACCUUCUAUGGAUUGAUUUUCGGGAUAACCUAUUCACCGAGCCAAUUCCAGAAUCUAUCACUAUGCUGGAAAAUCUUGCAUGGCUUGAUCUCUCCUGGAAUAACAUGCCAGGCCCUAUCCCUACACAAAUGGGUAUGCUUCGAAGUCUAGAACGAUUGUUUCUCCAAGCCAACAAAUUAUCAGGCUCCGUACCAAGAAACUUUGGUAAUCUUAGUUGGUUAGAAAGCAUAGACUUGUCAUAUAACCAGUUAAGCUCAACGAUACCAACGAGUUUCUUCCACCUGGAUAAACUUAUCACACUUGAUCUUUCACACAAUUCCUUUACUGGUGAAGUACCGGUAGAUGUUACUGGCCUAAGACAAACAUAUCAAAUAGACAUGUCUUCUAACUUGUUGAUAGGAAGCAUACCAGAAACAUUUGGACAACUUAGUAUGCUUACUUACCUAAAUCUAUCACAUAACUCCUUCAAAGGCUCAAUUCCAGUUCAUCUCGAAAAAGUAAAAAGACUAGCAUCAUUGGACCUCUCGUUUAACAAUCUUUCGGGUACAAUUCCAGUGUUCCUUGCUAACUUUACGUACUUGAAUACCUUGAACCUAUCAUUCAAUAGGCUAGAAGGACAAAUACCCGAGGGAGGUGUUUUCUCAAACCUCACAUUGAAAUCUUUGGUUGGGAAUCCUGGGCUAUGCGGCGCUCCGCGACUAAGAUUUCCACCAUGCCUUGAUAGAAAUCAUUCAAGUAAAAGACACUUGCUUCAAUUUCUACUGCCAACACUCAUAUUAGCUUUUGGCGCCAUUGCCAUUUACGUAUACCUAUGGUUCAGAAAGAAACUUAAGAAGGGAAAGGACAAUGCUUCUGUUGAUCCAACUGAUGCCAUAGGCCAUCAAAUAGUCUCCUAUCAUGAGCUUGUUCGCGUCACCAAUAAUUUCAGUGAUGAAACACAUCUUGGGAUGCGGAAGCUUUGGAAAAGUUUUUAA